AUGGGAGAUACAGGAGGAUGGAAGGCAAUGCGAGGCAUAGAAAGCAUGACACAGAAUGAGACCUUCUUGGACUUGGCUGAAGAAGGCCAAACCGACGGGAGAGGAGAAGGGAGUGUAGCAUGUCGCUUGGCUGUUUGGCUGCAGCCAUCGCAGUCUCAGCUUACGCGGUUUACGUUGACACCGCGAAUCGGGGGCCUUUACGUUCGCCCUCUGUCAGUGACUGCUGGUCUAACCCCGCCGCGUUGUCCUGGGCUUGAGUCCACGUUGAUUCCUACGCUUGGAACAUCAGGCCUGUCUGCCAGUCUGGCGGGUGGGUAUUCAACGACUCUUGCUGAAAGGUCCGGCCUCAGUUUGCAGCGCAACUCGGUGUCUAAUGAUGCAAAUCCGUCACGUCAGCGUUGUACCGGUGGCAUAGAGUUGUCUGCAGCAUCGCAAGCAGGAGGAAGCAGUAGUAGUAGCAAUGGAAACGGCAACCUGGAAGACCAGAUAAGUCGGCAUCCGACUCGAGUGGGUCAACACUUGGGCCUGUUUGUAGCACGUCGUGUGGAGACCCGUCGACAAACUAUGGCCAAGACCCUGCGCGAAGUGGUUCACAUUGCCCAGGAGAUACUACACGAAGUCGAGCUGCAGGAGCCCAGAUUCAUUAGCACCUUGAAGCCAGUCGGACAGGCCUCUAGGAACCCUGUGCCAGCGAGUGAAUAUGCCGUUAGUAGAGCGCAGUCGCCGAAUCAGGGAUUUGCCGAAGUGAGUACUAAGUUUGGCGUGAGUGGAGGCGAGCAAGCUCGAACUAUACGAUGCAUUUCGACCCCAUUAACUUUUAUAAAAGAGCCGUAUUCAACAUCUUUCAUUAAUGCUAAAAGACUAUUAUUUGAAUUUUCCCAUAAUGAUAUGAGGUCUCAUCAGCACCCCCAGCGGGACUUUAACCCGGGUUGUUGUAGUGCGGAGUAUAAGUUCGACGCAUUAACCACUACGCCACACUGCCACGAGUGGCCUUGCGUCAGAGGGCAGAUGUGA